UCCCCCCCCCCCGGCCGUGUGGAAGCAUCGACACAUCUUGCCGCGAUAUUUCAUCUUUGAAAAGACAGCGUCAGUCAGCGUCCAUCACUAGCUUCAACAACAGUUUGCUAACUUGUGUAUUUCCACACUUUAAUAUCACACAACCCGAGUUAACUCUCUCUUUCGUUUAUCCCGGAGAAGAAGCGCGAUAGUUUGCAGCAGUUUAUGCGCCUCCAGCUGUCGUGCGUUUAUUUACGUAGAAGUUAAAUUAGCAAGUCUUGGUCGAACAGCUUCUUGUUGUCACCGGAAUCUGGUUUCUUCUCCCUCCCGCCGCCUCAUCCAGCUGGGCCGGAGACGGUAACGGUCGCACACGGACGAUGGUUUUACUGAAAAGCCUCCGUCCUCCCACCGAUGGCGUGCGGCACGAGCAAGCCGAGACCACGGCCGUGAUGGACGGCCAGAAGCUGGGCUGCGGCACGCUGUACGUGGCCGAAACGCGCCUGCUGUGGUUCGAUGGCUCGGGGAUGGGUUUCUCUCUGGAGUAUCCCACCAUCGGCCUCCACGCCAUCUCCAGAGACGUCAGCGCUUACCCACAGGAACACCUGUACGUCAUGGUCAACGGCAAACUCGAGGUGGAGUCCAUGUUCUCUGCGAUGUGCGAGUGCCAGGCGCUGCACCCCGACCCGGAGGACUCGGACUCCGACAACGACUUCGAGGGAGAAGAGUACGACGUGGAGGAGGCCGAGCACGGCCACGCUGACAUCCCGAGCUUCUACACCUGCGAUGAGGGUCUGUCGGCGCUCACGCAGGAGGGCCAGGCCACGCUGGAGAGGCUGGAGGGGAUGUUGGCCCAGUCAGUCGCUCAGCAGUACCACAUGGCCGGGGUCCGAACCGAAGAACCAAACGCACAAUUUGAAGAUGGUAUGGAGGUAGAUGGAGCAGCAAUGGAGGCCGGUCAGUUUGAGGAUGCAGACGUUGAGCACUGAUUGAAGUCAUCUCAGCGGCCAAUCUAAGCACCAGUGUUGCAUCAUGGGAUUGGAGAAGAGGACAGCGGCACUUCUUUUAAGGCUAUCAGCUCUUUCUUGUACUCUCUUCCUGUUCCAGGCACUUCUGUUCUCGCUGUCAAACAAACCUUUUGCCCAUGUACUUAAAAGUCCCUGCAGGCUUUUGUAGCUUCCUACAUAUUUGCUCUUAUGUGUUGCUUUGGCGUUCUCAUGUUGCAUUGUGGUGUUGGUUUUCUGCUCAUCCUCCUGUCUCCUCCAUAUAAUAUUAAACUUUAUUUUUUAUUAUAUGAACAAAGUGUGCUGUUCUGCACUUCUGUGAUGCAACCAGCUACUGUAGACUAUUGUGAUGCAUCCCCACAUUGCCCUUAUGCUAUUCCUGACCGUAAAAACAAAACAUAGAGUUUCUGUUUCUGUUUUGUACCUAAUGACCAAUUUAAUAUCCGACUGUCUGUCAAGAAGAGUUAAUUUCUUUGUAUGAAAUUGUCAAUAAAUUCAUAGUUUUUG